GCCACCGGCUUUUAGGUUAGUUCGAGAGCUAGUUGGAAAACUAUUUAAUUUUCUCGUUUACAACGGUUUGAACUCGAUUUGAUUGUAUUUGAAUGUCAGGGAUUUGUUCUUUAUUCAUAAAUAAAGUCAACCUGAAUAUGUGUUUUAAUAGUAGGUGAUAACUGCGCCAGGAAAUUGGCGUUAGCUAUUUAGCUAGCUAUCUAAUCUGUGGUAGAACACUAGCUAACGUUCGCUACAAGUAAGUUAGCUAAGCUAACUAUAUAAACUCAGAGUCAUUUUCACGACGUUGUUGCGCCUGUAAUGAGCGGAGAGUUCAUAAAAUAGUCAGCAAAGUUGGCCUAAAUUUGGCGGUAGGUAGGUGUAGUUAAUCGGAUUGACAUUACUGUCUAUGGAAAUACAGAGUCAAGUGGGUUAACAGACUUUUACAAAUUAAAAGACAAGUGAUUUUUAAGUGAGGAUAAAAACAUGGAAAAAUACGACCAAAUUCUUACACUUGGAAGUGGAGGAGCAGGUGUUGUCUUUCUAAUGAGACACAAAGAUACAAAGAAACUCUAUGCUGUGAAAAGAAUACAGGUUGACAACUCUCGAAAGACAAAGACGAAAGAGGCGGUGUCGCAAGAAACUGAAAUCCUGAGGAAUCUCAGACAUCCCCAUAUUGUGACAUGGAGCGACACUUUCUAUGAUCCAGCAAAUGAGCACAUUUAUAUUGCUAUGGAUUACUGUGAUGGUGGAACACUGGAUGACCAGAUUAAAGAUAGAAAAGCAGAGGAAUAUUUCUCAGAACAUGCCAUAAUGGACUGGUUCGUGCAGGUCGUCAUGGCAGUCAGCUACAUUCACUCUGAAAGAAUUCUUCACAGAGACAUUAAGACAUCCAAUGUGCUCCUAACUAAGAGAGGUAUGAUUAAGCUGGGAGAUUUCGGAAUAUCAAAGAUAAUGAACCACACUCUGGAUAUGGCCUCCACCUGCGUAGGAACACCCAGCUACCUCAGCCCUGAGUUGUGCCAGGACGUUCCAUACAGCACAAAAUCUGACAUAUGGGCCCUUGGCUGCUUACUGUAUGAACUUUGUGCACUCAGACCAGCUUUUUGGGCUAAAAAUCUGCUGAAUUUGUUUUACAAGAUAAUAAAAGGUGAAUAUAGCCCAGCACCUGAAAGAUACUCAGAUAACCUUCACACAUUGAUUGAGAAAAUGCUGUGCUUGGUUCCUGAGAACAGACCGAGUGCCAGCAGUAUCCUGGGCAUGUCAUAUGUGCAGGAACAUCUGGGACAGUUCAUUGAGCAUCAAGAGACAGAACUGACAAGGGUUAGCACUGAGCCUAGACCUUCGUCAAGAGAAGAAUGUGUCACUGGACUCACACCUGGUGUGGAGAGUGAAGGAGCAACUUUAACCUGGAAGGACACUGUCAUUCACAUGGACAUGCCCACUCUGCAUGAAGCACCAAGUAUGGAAGAGCAUGUUCAGGCAACUCUUGAAGCCGAGGACGAGAUAGUCCAUGCUAGAACUGAGUCUGAUUAUUCAGAAGACUUUGAAGAAAAUGACAGUAUGUCGUCUGUUGAAGGUGCUUCAAGGAAGAAUGCCUCCUUCAGUCCUGUGCAUGUGGUUUCUGAAGAGCUGCAUGCUCUCCCUGAUGAUGUGGACACUACUGAGUACCCAGAUGACUUUGAGGAGGGUGAAGAAGAGGAAUUAGCUGAAGUGGUGAACUAUGCUAGAAAUGCCAUGCUGUCCCUUUCAGAAGAGGAUUCCCCCAAGCUGCAGGAUUGUGGUGGCCUCUCAGUUACAAUGAGAACUCUGAGAGAGAAGUACAUUGAGGAUGUUGGGCCCUUACUUUACGAGGAGAUCAGUGUGCACUUUCUGAAUGGCCUGAAACCAGAAGACCUGCAGCCUGAGUUUCAGCACACAGUGGGGACGGACCAUCUGGAGACCUGCUAUCUUAUAUUCAACAUUGAUCAAGAGGCUACAUGUUGAGUAUGCAGCAUUCUUAGUAACAUGAUAGUAGAAAUUUUGUGAAAUCUAAAAAAACCUGAAGUCAGCAAGGCCUUCAUCUGUAUAUUUUAUUGAUGUGAUGCAUCAUAUAAGAUAUUGAUGAAUAGGAGUGGACGAUAUGGCAGAAAUCGCCAUGUAAUAGUACUUAAAUACAUUUUCACAUUACAUGACAUGUAACAGAAUAUUUAGUUGUUAUGAGGUUUGAUAAGUUGGAACGGACAAAAACUUAAAACUCCCACAAUUGAAAAUACUAUUAUUAUGUACACUAAUGUUUAUGUGUACAAUAUGUACAAUAAUCUUUAAUCAAUGUUUGCCAGCUAACCAAGACUACUUAUACUCUCUUUGCAAUGAAUCAUGUGGUCAGAGUUCUUAAAUUGCUGACGAUAUCAACGGUAUGCUUAGAAAAGUGUGUUGUGAGAUAGUUCCUCACAAUGAUGAUAAAAUGUCAUCAUAUUGUCCACCCCUAUGUAUAUGCUUUAGACUCCUAUAAUUUUUUAUGAUGUAUUUUAAGAGUUCAUUUUUGGCUUUAUGUGUGUGUUUUCUAUUAAGAGUAUACCAUACAUGGCUAAAUAUUUGCUGUUGGAUCUCUAUCCAAAGCACUACAUUGCAUUACCAAUAGAUGGCAGUGUAUAGCUAGAAAAUGAAGUAUACCAAAAAAAAAGAAAGAAUAGGCUGUUUUUUGUGUGAUUUUGCUGUUGUUUAUUUUUGUUCUAAUUUCUUUUUCAUUUUACUGCUUUGAUUACAUUUCUUGGCACUGUUAUUAUGAUGUGCAGAUGACGAUGAUUAGUAGCGGGAAUGGGGACAGAGAAAAAAGAGAAAUAUUGCCAGAGAUGGCUACAAAAAGACAACUGAUAACAUGCAAUAUGUGCUUUUGUUUAUUUGUCAUGAAAUAAAGUAAAGGAAAAUGA